AUGGAUGCUAUUGAUAUUAUGACCCCUGAAACAAUAACGGAAGUUAGGAACUAUUUCACAGACUUCGAUGAUGAUGGAGAUGGCGAAAUUGAAGUUCAGUGCGUUGAAAGCGCUCUUAGAUCAUAUGGUCUCAACCCAACUGCAGAACAAAUGCAAGAUAUUUUAUCAGAUGUUAGUCGUUCAAACACAGUGAACUUUAAUACAUUCUGCUAUAUCGUUUACCGUUUAUCUAGAUUGUAUACCGUUGAAGAAAACCUUAUUAAUGCAUUUAAACUUCUCGAUAAGGAUUGCACGGGUAAAGUAGGCGUUGAUGUUUUUGAAAAAUCAUUAACUUGCGGCCACCAUCCAUUAAGUGACGAACAGAAGAAGGAAGUUUUAUCCAAACUACCAGUAGAUAAUGGAUUUGUUAAUUAUGUUCAAGGCGUUAAAAUCCUAACGUCUCUUAAGUAA